ACUCCCAUACAAUUCUCACCCACUUCCACAUUUCUCCUUUCUGGAUUCCUCACAUCUCUCCAAUCUCACCGUUAGGUUUCCGUCACCUUCUUUUGCAUGACACAAUUCCCACACAUUCGUUAACUUUCUCCUCCGUUAAUUUUGAACCCCAAUUUUUCUUCAAACUUUCUAAUUUAUUCUUCUGAGCGAUAAUUCUGGAGAUACCGGCGUUAAUACCAAACGUUGAAAUUUGAAAAACAACCAUUUGUUCAAUUCAGCCCCCCUGCUUCUUUUGCGGGGAUAGCCGGGGCUCCGGCCUCGGCGGGUUAUAGCCAAUUUCAGUCCCUACAAUUCUUUCGUUCUUCCAUUCCACCCCCCACACCGGGGAAGAGAUGCCGGCCCUAACGUUUUCCGUUGACGCCGCCAUGGCAGCUCUUGCAGUCGCUUGGGACACCUCUCUUCCCGUUAACGCUGACGUCACUCUUUGGACGCCGUCUCAUUCUAACGCUCUGUACAAGAUCGACGGUUGGGGCGCGCCAUACUUCGCCAUUAACAGUUCCGGUAACGUCACCGUUCGUCCUCACGGCGACCGUACGAUGGACCACCAGGAGAUAGAUCUUUUAAAGGUCGUUAAGAAGGUUUCCGAUUCGAAAUCCACCGGUGGUUUAGACCUGCACCUGCCGGUCAUCAUCCGGUUUCCCGACGUGUUGAAAAACCGCCUCGAAUGUCUUCAAACGGCGUUUAAUUACGCCGUUAAAUACAACGGUUAUGGUUCUUUUUAUCAAGGUGUUUAUCCGGUGAAAUGUAAUCAGGAUCGGUUUGUUGUAGAGGACAUUGUUAAAUUCGGAUCAGAGUUUCGGUUCGGGUUGGAAGCGGGUUCGAAACCGGAGCUUCUUCUUGCAAUGAGUUGUUUAUGUAAAGGUAGUUCUGAAUCUUUACUUAUUUGUAAUGGUUUUAAAGAUGUUGAGUAUGUUGAAUUGGCGUUAAUUGCGCGAAAGCUUUCGUUAAAUACGGUUAUUGUACUUGAACAAGAGGAAGAAUUGGAUUCGGUUAUAGAUGUUAGUAUGAAGCUAGGUGUUCGGCCGGUUGUUGGCGUUCGUGCGAAGCUUAGAACGAAGCAUUCGGGUCAUUUUGGAGCGACAUCUGGGGAGAAAGGGAAGUUCGGGCUUACUACGACGCAAAUCGUUCGUGUUGUGAGAAAGCUUGAGCAAUGUGGGAUGUUGGAUUGUUUCCAGUUGCUUCAUUUUCAUAUCGGGUCGCAGAUACCUACGACGGAGCUGCUUGCUGAUGGCGUUGGUGAAGCUGCGCAGAUUUACUGCGAGUUGGUCCGCCUUGGUGCUUCGAUGAAAGUUAUUGAUAUAGGUGGUGGGCUUGGGAUUGAUUACGACGGGUCGAAAUCCGCUAGUUCUGAUGUUUCUGUUAGUUAUACUUUGGACGAAUAUGCAAUGGCGGUUGUUCAGGCGGUUAAGUUUGUUUGCGAUAGGAAUUCGGUGAAGCAUCCUGUGAUUUGUAGCGAGAGUGGGCGUGCUCUCGUGUCACACCAUUCGGUUUUAAUAUUUGAGGCGGUUUCGUCCAGCAAGUACACAGUUCCGACCAUGUCGUCUUUUGACGUUCAGGGUUUCGUCGAGCAGCUCCCGGAGGACGUGCAUUCCGACUACAAUAACCUGUCACAGUCUGCGGUUAGAGGGGAUUACGAAGCAUGUUUGGCUUAUGCCGAUCAGUUGAAACAGAGAUGUGUUGAGAAGUUUAAAGACGGGUCAUUGGAUAUCGAACAAUUGGCUGCUACCGAUGGGUUGUGUGAUUUUGUCGAAAAGAAAAUCGGGGCGUCGGAUCCUGUAACCACUUAUCAUGUUAAUCUUUCGGUUUUCACAUCCGUUCCGGAUUUCUGGGGGAUAGAACAGCUGUUCCCGAUUGUUCCAAUCCAUCGUCUAGACGAAUGCCCAACACGAAGAGGGAUUUUAUCGGAUCUAACGUGUGACAGUGACGGAAAGAUCGACAAGUUUAUCGGAGGUGAAUCGAGUUUACCUCUUCAUGAAUUGGAAGGAGAAAACGGGAUGAAGUACUAUUUAGGGAUGUUCUUAGGAGGGGCUUACGAGGAGGCCCUCGGGGGUGUCCACAAUCUGUUCGGUGGUCCGAGUGUGGUUCGUGUCUCUCAGAGCGAUGGUCCGUUUGGCUUCGCGGUUACAAGCGCCAGGCCUGGUCCAUCCUGCAGCGAUGUUCUGCGUUCAAUGCAGCACGAGCCAGAGAUCAUGUUUGAGACACUUAAGCACAGGAUUGAAGAAUAUGUUCAUGGUGACGGUAACAUGGGUGGAGCUAUGAUUGCCGGUGGAAUCGCUCAGUCUUUUAAUAACAUGCCUUAUCUGACCGUAGGGUCUUCUUGCUGCUUGACUGCCGCAAGCGACAAUAACGGGUAUUAUUACUGUUCUGAUGAAGAUUUCACUGCCGGAGCUGAUACGGUUACUGGUGAUGAUGAGCCGUGGUCCUAUGUCUGUGCUUGAGAGAACAAUUAUCUUUUAUUUAGUUUUGUUUUGCUCACUUAUUCCAUGAACAAGAUAUAAGAGAGCUUUUUGAUAAACUAUUGAAGUUAGAUUUGGGGAAUUGUUAUGUAGCCAAAUUCUGUUGUUAUGUACAUUUGAUUUUUAUUAAUUCAUUCCCCAGUACUUCUUUACAA